AUGACUGAAAAUUCAAACGAGCCAUAUCCUUCACAGUCUCGAUCGCCUUCACUUUUGAAUUCUCCAUCGUCGUUUAUGAAUAUACAGCAAACAACACAAAAUCAUUUAGAAGAUACUUCGAAUACAGAUAUUAGAGUUGUUGUUGGUGUGGAUUUCGGAACCACCUUUUCUGGAUUUGCCUAUGCUUUUAAAUCAAAUCCAAAUGAAGUAGUGACUAAUGAUGUAUGGCCUGGACAAACUGGACAAUUCAAAACAAAUACUGCACUUUCAUAUGACGAUUCAUUUUCAGUACUAGAAUGGGGUUAUCCUGCACUGGCUCAAGAACCACAAAAAAAAACAAAAGGUGCAGACAAAAAUAAACAAUUACCGAAACCUGUGGAAUUAUUCAAAUUAUAUCUUGGCAAUUUGGAGCCAGAUGAAGAGCCACCAUUACCCAAAGGUUUGGACUGGAAAAAAGCUAUUUCCGAUUAUCUUAGAUGCCUGAAUAAGUUAAUAGGAGAAACUAUCACAUCACGGUGGCCUGGACUUCAAUUUCCGAAAAAUGUUUUAUUUGUCAUGGCGGUUCCUGCUGAAUGGACAGAUGAAGCAAAAGGCUUCUUACGUAAAUUGGCAUAUGACGCUGGAAUGCUCGAAGAUUUGAAUUCGGAGAAUUUGGAAUUUACUACAGAGCCCGAAGCAGCCGCUAUCCAUUGCAUUCGAAUCCUUAAUGAACAUUCUUUAACUGUUGGAGCUCCAUUUAUGAUUGUUGACUGUGGUGGAGGCACAGUCGAUUUAACAACGAGAGCAGUUCUACCAGAUCGACGACUAAGCGAAAUAACAAUACGAGCAGGAGACUACUGUGGUUCUUCAUUCGUCGAUAAAAAUUUCCUAAAAUAUGUGGCAAGAAAAGUAGGCGUAGAAGCCAUGGUUAGUCUACGAGACAACAAUUACGGGCAACUACAAUAUUUAGUACAACAAUUUUGUUCACGAGUCAAACAUUCAUUUAACGGCAACCCAGACGAAUACACGACAAAAGAUAUCGAUUUGGAGAGAACGUGUCCGGCUAUAAUGAAAUAUGUGACUGGUGAUGCAUUGGCGUCAAUGGAAGAGGAUGAAUGGGUGCUGGAAAUGGAUUUUGAGACUGUGCGAGCGAUGUUUGAUCCUGUUGUUGAGAAAAUCCUUAAUAUGAUUAAUCAUCAGUUGUCGGCUUGUGGUGGAAAUUGUAUGGCCAUUUUUAUGGUGGGUGGAUUUUCAGAAAAUCAUUAUUUGACUUGGAGAGUGCGGCAUGCUUUUGGUAGAUUUGUUCCGACUAUAGCGGUGCCUAAACAUCCAAUCGCAGCUGUUUGUCGUGGAGCUUUGCAAUAUGGACUUUACAUGUCAACUAUAAAAUCACGUGUCCUUAAAUGGACAUAUGGCACAGACUCAUUUAGGCUUUGGACACCAGCUGACCCACCAGAACGUAGAACACCAACAGGAUUUAUCACAGUAUUUCGAGCAAUAGCACAUCGAGGAACUCAAGUAGCCGUCAACCAGCGAUUCACAUAUGAGGCGACUCCAAUACUUCGAGAUCAAUCAAUGAUGACAUUUAACGUCUACGUCACCCCGUUCAAUGCUUAUUUUUGUGAUGAAUAUGGAGUUAAAUUAUUGGGUCGACUAUCGGUUCAGCUGCCUCCUAUUCCUGUAGAAUAUCAACACAAUCGCGUUAUUGAAUUCUCGUUGUGUUUUGGUAAGAUGGAAAUCACAGCUGUAGUGACGAAUCGACAGACUGGCGAAGUUUAUCAGAGUAAUUUUGAAUUGGACAUUUAG